CUGCAGCACGACUGGCGAUGGACUGCCUAGAGUUGAACAUCCGCCAGCGAAUUCUGUCCGACCUUGCUACCCUUGAAACGGAAACAGAAGAGGACCUCCUCACUACUCGUGAACUCAUUCAAUCCAAGGCCCAGCUGGCAGAUGAAGAACGCAGUCUACCCAAUGGCGAUUCUGUGGAAAUGGAUGUUGAACCUCGCGCAUUCAUGUCCGAGGCGAGGGCCCAUUGUAACAUUGCUUUUGGGGAACUUGUCGCGAACUUUCCAAAGGAACAUAUCUUCAACUACAUUGAUACUCUCAUUCCCGUAUUGACGGAUCUUUUGCGCGACGUACCACGCGUAGACUUUGACCCAUGUCUCUCAUGGGAUGAGUGGGCUCUCCCUGACCAGCUGGUCUUCUCUACCGUUUCUGCCCUUCUACGUAUAUGCGGCGCACACCCAGAACACGCGGACAGAGCUGUCACGUCCAUUAUCAAUUUCGUCGCUGACAUCGUUCAAAAUCUCAAGGAUUCCGGUUCAAUAGAUGUACUUACACACCUCACACCUUCUGUCCACGGACUCUACCGUGCCAUCACUUCUACUCUCUACCCAUGGACCGCUUCUCAAUGGCGCCUUCUUUCCGACUCCCUCCAAUCCCUUGUUGCGACUCCCAUCCUUGAACGAAUCAACCGUCUCCUACUUGAUAUACAUCAAGAAGCCGACGCCGAUCCUGACACCGACGCCACCUCCAUCGCCUUCUGCCACACCUUCAUAUCUCGGUACAUUGCAUUCGGACGCCCACUGAGCGGAUAUUUUAUCGUAUGCUGUGUCAUGGAGAUGCAAUGGACUGUGCUCGCCCAAGCCCUCGCGAGUACUCCUCUGGUGCACAAGGGUCAGGUGCGCGAAGCGGCGGCGGCAAACAAAGCGUGGGUGAACCUCAUGAAAUGCCCUGCCAAGGAUUUGGGACUAGAGAACGAUGAGGAGACAAAGGAAGGAUUGACGAAUGUCAUUAGGGAUGCACUGCAGUGCUUUAGUGAUCUGCUGGAGCAGAUCGAGGGUAUGGACACCGAACCUCCUGUUGAUACGUAUGCAUGGGAAACCAUGUCCGAGAGCCUGAAACUAGCAUCCGUCUGCUCAGUCGCGCUUCGAGAGCUGGAUGAGAGUCUACACACUCGCCUGACACAACUAUUGAGUGACAGUCCACCCAUCCUGGACAAUCUCGUUCAGGAAUCGGCGCUCAAAGCUACUACAGUACUUGUACGAAGCUUCCCGGAGAUCGCUCCGUCUUUUGCAAUCCAUCUCCGCCGCUUCGUCACUUCGCCUCUUUCAAUAUUCGAGUUUGCAUUCAAUACCGAGAAGCGCGCACCCCCACCUCUGACAGCGGCUGCCAAAUGCCUUGCGCUUUGUAUUAAGCUAUCACCUGGUGAUGACUCUAUCAUGUCCAACAUGUACUCUCUGCUCAAUUACAUCGCUGCGACCUCCAAAGAAAUAACCGAAUCUUCUUCUUCCAACCAACUCCUUUCCAACCCCCUCUACACCUCCUCGAUCACCUUUCCCAACGAUAACAUCACUUUCCAGAGCGACGAAACAGGGCUGCACGGCCGCUCAGACGAAGAGAAGCGGCUCAUCGGCAUCACAACUAUCUCCGUUGUCACGCGCCUUGCGCUCGAGUUCCACACGGCGGGCCAGGAGGAGGUCACUAAGUUAACAAUCUCGAUGCUGCUGCAGCGUUUACGGACUUCGGAGGCGACUCUCGAAGCUGCGAUUGCAUAUAACCUUGUCGACCUCGCGCUCGUAGCUCCCGAAGAGUCAUUUGUAGACGUUGCGCGUGCAUUUUCCCUCAUUAAUCGCGCUACGAACUUGGAGGACCCGAGAUUCUCGAAUAACAUGGUGUUAGCCGCCCAGACGAGGCUUGCGCGGGAGCUAGACCAAAGACCAGAUUUGUAUGAUGUAUACUUGGUUGAGUUGCUCACUCUCUUCGGGGAUAAAGGCGUUGCUAUCCAGAACGUAGCGACGUCCGACCGACAUGUCAAAACAGAAGAGAUGAUCGAGCAGCUGGCUUCUCUACUGUUGCCGAUUGAAGCACUUCUUACCCAUGCGGAUUACUCCCCACACCUGGCCGCUUCCCAAGAGCUUACUGGCCUCUUCCGGAAUAUGUGGUUCCUCUGCGUUCUCUUUUACUUCACAUCUGGUGAGGAGCGGAGCGCGAUGACGUGGCUCAUGCCUGCGCUGGCGAAAAUUGCUACAAAGACGCCAACUCUUGUACUCGAAAAUGCUCAUGACGCAGCGAGCGAAAUCGAGUAUAGCACUGUCAUCCGGCAUGAAUAUGCGCAUUCUGUCAUUUCCAAGCAUCGGUCGUUCCUUACACGCCAUAUUCCGCAUCGCACGAGUGAAAUACGCUCGUUGUCCCCGGGACAGGUAAUCUUCUUGCUGAUGAUGCAUGACGUUGAAAGCAUGCGGUCUGCCGCUGGUCUCCCGUCGUCUUUGGUGUCAUAUUUCACAAAUGGUAGCCUGAAUCAACAGAGCCAUCUUAGUGUAUGCAUGGAGUCUGUAGCGGACAAGGUGGUUCGUGGAUGCAUUGGGGAGAUGAAUGCCCAAGCUUUGGAACAGGCACUACCAGCCCACCUCUCGGAGGAGCUUCGCAAGUUGCUUGUAGCCAGCACCCAUCGCAUAUCUCGUGCUCGGGACGUCGCGACCAAAUACCUAUUCAGCUUGAUCACCUCAUUUCCUUCUCUCAUGUGCGACCCGCCACUGGUGUAUGCAAUCCUUGAGUGUCUUACUCUUCUGCGUCACGCAUGCGAAAACGAGUUUACGGACGAGUACAACCCGGUGUACGAGUUCCACUCCGAGUCUACCGGCAUCACGCUUCAGCUCACGGACGACUAUAAAGUGCGAAACGACAUCCUUGGGCAGCUGCAGCGCAAUGCCAACACGUGGUUUGAACUUGCACUUAGUCGGGCUCCCAUCGAGCUCCAGUCGACGCUUCAGAAAUAUCUUGCAGCUACGCAACCACUCAUCGGUGCAGAUGCUGCUGAAUUAGGAGCCUCUGUUGCAGUAACGUUUGCUAAGGCCUUUGGUCCUGUGCACCGACAACUUUCCUCUCUGUGUAGCUUAUCAAACUGGAAGUCUGAUCGUGCCCGCGCUCUUGCCGGUCAACUUGCGAGUAAAUGCUACUUUUCGGGAGAGGUCGCUGGUUUGCGACUCGCGGCUCGUAAAAAUCAAGAUUCGCUAGACAAAGUAGCUCCUCAAAUGCAAUGCACUGGCGUCCAGCCUUUCAAGGAUAAGAUGGCCGACACUAUGAACGACAUACGGAAUAAACGCAGUUCUUUAACUGUUCAAGAUCUGAAACGUCUUUUAUCCCGUUGCGCAGCCAUUCUCAUAGCACUGGAGAAGUGCGAUUACACCUUGAUCUAUUUCCUCGUCGCUCUGCCGUUUGAGGUUUUCACGCCCUCUGCUAUCGCUGCUGGUAUUGAGACGUGGACGUGGGUCAUCGCGGAGCGUCCUAACAUGGAAGUGGCUAUUAUGUGUGAAGUGCUCACGUCUUGGUUUGGGACUGUGAAGGAACGGAAGGGCGUGUUCUCAGCUUCUUCCAACUGUGUUGACCCCUUCUACCAUCCCAUCAGUUACAGUCCAACCGACAAGGACGAAAUCGAUCGAGCGACGACUCAUGCUCGUCGAUUACUCAUGCCACAUACCUUGGUCUUACAGAUGUUAUUCAGUCGACUGCAAGCGGCUAGAUACUGUCGCUCAACUGUGAUGUUCCUCAUCCAGGGACUUGUUUUGCGAUCUGCGCGAGCGCACAAGUUAUUCAGCACUCAUCCGUUGGCUCGAGAGCUACGCUACACGUUCCUUCUUUUCGGACUGGAAACGUUAAAGAGCUCUCAUCUGGAUGCUGUCUGUGAGUGUAUGUUGCGCGAAAGUCUGUAUUACACGGCAUAUUCGUGGUUUGCUGUUCGUCCGCAGUGGUCCUUUGGAGCCAAUCGAGUGCAGGUUGAUGCUGACAUCAAAGUCCUGUCUGAGUUCCUUGUGCAUCUGCAGGGUGACUCGAUCAGGAAUAUGGCCUCUCUUUCGAGUCUUGCUCCUCAUCAGUCUGCUUUGAAGACGUCCCUCUAUGCCAAGCGCUUACAAAGCAUCAACCAGCCGCUCCGCCUUCUGAUAGAGAAUGAGAUAUUCAGGCUUACGGUCUGGGCCAAUCCCAGCAACGAAGCGAAACGAGGCAGUGACCCUCAUUCCCUGCUAGAGCGUAAUACGCUUGAGUCGACUUGGCCUGGCGUAGUCCGAACAGUGUGGGAGAUAGACCCAGCCAUAGCGGUCUAUCUGACCGAGCGCUUCAAAAGCCCAGCGGCUCAUGCCGAAGUGCAGAAUCUGGUUCGUUCCAACGCCAGCCAGGUGGUUGACACCCCAGAAGCUCUCCGAUUUUUGAUCGGAGAUCACUUCCGAGGUGGACAGAGACGAGAGCUGAAGUAUAUUAUUGCGUGGGCGCCUGUUACUCCUGUGAUCGCUGUUACCUUCUUCGAGCGACGGCACGGCAACGAUCCGCUUUUGUUACAAUAUGCACAUCGAGUCCUCAAGCAACAUCCUGUCGAUUUGACAUUCUUUUUCGUUCCUCAAGUCGUCCAGGCUCUUCGGUUUGAUGACCUUGGAUAUAUCGCACAAUUCAUUUUCGAAACCGCAAAGGUUUCUCAGCUCUUCUGCCACCAGAUCAUAUGGAACAUGAAAGCCAAUUGCUACAAGGACGAUGCUGCCGAGAUCGAGGAUCCUAUGAAACCUGCGCUAGAUCGGAUGACUGAUAUGGUGGUGGAGUCGCUGUCUGGUGGUGCCCGCGCCUUUUACGAUCGGGAAUUCGGAUUUUUCAACGAGGUCACCUCGAUUUCUGGGAAGCUGAAGCCUUUCAUCAAAAGGUCGAAACCAGAGAAAAAGGCAAAAAUUGACGAAGAGAUGGCCAAGAUAGUUGUCGACGUCGGAGUCUACCUGCCCAGUAACCCAGACGGUAUUGUUAUUGACAUCGACAAGAAGUCCGGUCGCCCGCUUCAAAGCCAUGCCAAGGCACCGUUUAUGGCUACUUUUAAAGUGAAGAAGGAGCGCGUCAUCAUUGAUUCCGACCCGGAGUCUCUUUUGGACGGUGCACUUGAGAAACGCGAGGAAUAUGACGUUUGGCAACAGGCUAUCUUCAAAGUUGGGGACGACUGCCGACAAGAUGUAUUAGCCUUACAGAUCAUCGCGAUGUUCAAAAACAUCUUCACUAGUAUCGGGUUGACCCUCUAUCUCUUCCCCUACAGGGUUACCGCGACUUCCGCUGGAUGCGGUGUCAUCGACGUCGUGCCGAAUGCUACAUCUCGAGAUGAGAUGGGAAGAGCUACAGUAAAUGACUUGCUAGACUUCUUUACUUCAAAAUACGGCGGAGAAGAGACCGUUGCGUUCCAGCGCGCUCGCCUUAAUUUCAUUCAGUCUAUGGCAGCUUACUCCGUUGCUUGCUAUAUCCUCCAAAUCAAGGACCGUCACAAUGGGAACAUUAUGAUUGAUGGCGAAGGGCACAUCGUGCAUAUCGACUUUGGAUUCCUGUUCGAUAUAGGUCCUGGAGGAGUCAAGUUUGAACCCAGCUCCUUCAAGUUAACCCACGAGAUGGUGGUUCUAAUGGGUGGCAGAUAUUCUCAAGGCUACGAACUAUUUCAGCAUCUGACGGUGAAGGCUUUUCUCGCCAUCCGGCCUCAUGCAGAUCAGCUCGUCAGUACAGUCCAACUCAUGUUGGGAACCGGUCUCCCGUCGUUCAAGGGUGAACCCACCAUCAAGCGGCUCAAAGAUCGAUUUGCGCUCGGGUUGAAUGAGCGUCAAGCUGCCGAAUGGAUGAUGGGAAUCAUCCGCAAUGCUCAUGAAAAUGUGAGGAGCACAGCUUAUGAUGAGUUCCAACGGAUACAAAAUGGUAUACCGUACAAGUAGCAAAUGCUACUUAAGAGUCGAUCAUUGGAUACUGUCGAGCUUAGAGAUAGAAAUGUGCCAUGGCCUAUCCUGCGGUCUUGCCUUAAACCACAUUUCAGUGCUGGGGAUGUUUCGAUCGCGUUUGUUAGUUCAGACCACAUUAGUUAUCAGUGAUUACCAGGGUUCGUCUAUAUUUGGCAGCCGAACUUAUUGUACUUCCAGUGGCACCCCGUGGUUGAGCU